GGAUGAGUGUUAGGACUGACGUUGACUUGAGAAGCGCACUGGGAUAAGUCUGAGCAGCGCUGAGUUUGAGGUAAAACCAUUUUUUAACCUAUAAAAGAGCGCAUUUCACUACCGGAACCAGAAGGUGCUUGACUCAGAAUGGGGAAACUAUUGACCUUUUCUCUGCUGGUCGCUGCGCUGGCGGUUUUGCUCGGAGAGAGAAUCAUAAACUUAAGGAGGAUCGCUCUGGCGUCCAGAGAGCUGGUCCAGAACCACCUUCCCAACUGUGUCCCCAUCAAAGGUCUUGUGUAUGGAUCGGAGGACAUCACCAUACUCCCGAAUGGACGAGCCCUCAUCAGCACUGGGCUUAAGGAUCCCAUGUUACCGUCAUUCUCUGACGGUCCGGGGAAAAUAUUUUCCAUCGACCUGGAAGACCCAAGAAUCAAACCUGUGGAACUGCGCAUUGCCAGGAACUUCGACGUGGACUCGUUUAACCCUCAUGGCAUCAGCACAUUCAUCGACCAGUCCGACGACACCAUAUACCUCUUCGUUGUCAAUCACCCGGAGGGGAGGAGCCAAGUGGAGAUCUUCAAGUUCAUAGAGGAGGACAACACUCUGGAGCACGUGAAGACCAUCACACACGAGCUGCUGUACAGUGUGAACGACAUCGUGGCGGUCGGGGUGGAGAGCUUCUACGCGACCAACGACCACUACUUCCUGCAGGAGCCGCUGCGCAGCCUGGAGCCCCUGCUGGGCCUGGCCUGGUGCUCGCUGGUGUUCCACGGCCCGGGGGACGUCAGGGUGGUCUCUGAGGGCUACGGCUCGGCCAACGGCAUCAACGCCUCCCCAGACCAGAGACACGUUUACGCGAUGGACAUCGUGGGUCACAGCGUCCGCGUUCUGGAGAGGCAGGAGGACAACUCCCUGAUCUCCAUGAAGUCGGUGGACGUGGGCUCCCUGUGUGACAACAUCGAGGUGGAGCCGAGGACCGGGGACCUGUGGCUGGGCUGCCACCCCAACGGCUGGAAGCUCUUCAACCACGACCCCCAGGACCCCGCCGGGUCAGAGGUGAUCCGCAUCCAGAACAUCCUCUCCGAGCAGCCGCUGGUCAGCCAGGUGUACGCUGACGACGGCAGCGUUCUGAUUGGCUCCUCAGUGGCCGCCCCGUACGGAGGGAAGCUGCUCAUUGGCUCCGUCUUCCAUAAAGCCCUGUGCUGUGAUCUGAGCCAAGAGAUCUGAACUGAACCCUAAUGAUCUGAACCGAGUCCUAAUGAACAGAACCGAGUCCUAAUAAUCUGAACCGAGUCCUAAUGAUCUGAACCGAGUCCUAAUGAACAGAACCGAGUCCUAAUGAUCUGAAUCGAGUCCUAAUGAUCUGAACUGACUCCACGAUAUGAACUGAAUCCAGGGGUCUGAACUGAGUCCCUGUGAUCUGAACAAUGCGCCAUACUGGUCUGACAUAAAGACUUUCACCGUGAUUGGGUUUAAUAUGUUGAGUCGAGUUAAAGAUUAAAGAUUGUAAGCCUCUUUUGAAAGAGACGGCAAACCAGAAUCUCUGGAAAUGUGUUUCCUAACAACAGACUAAAGCUGGGCCUGGGGAGACCUGGCCUGCGUCAUGUGACUGGGUCAUGUGACUUAACCUCUGGAGACCUGGUUUGGGUCAUGUGACUCCUUUGUUUGUCUUUUCAAAGCUGGCGCAAUAAGUCUUGAACUAAAUUGUGUGGAUUUUUUUCCAGGAGAUGUGAUUUCUGUCUAAGCCAUUUAAUACUUUACAAGUACAUCAAUAUAAAGGUGUUAAUAUGGUCAA